CUCUCUCUACAACAAAUGCGGGCAUUGAUUCGAUCGAAAGAGCUCUCAGGGGGAGGAGAAAACAAACUUCCGCUGGAGCGGAGAAUUGAAGGAUCCUGGCCCCUGGGCGAUGGAGCUUUUGUUGGUUUCGUCGCUCCCGUUGAUCGCAUUAACAGACCGGUGACUGUUAUGCAAUCAGAUCAUUCAAUGUUUGGGCGAAAAAUCUCGCAAAACUUUCAAAGACGACGAUGCUACCAGAGGGAAUUCAUUCAAAUCCGGAAGGGAAAGAACGCCAUAGAAAGAAUCAAUCUCCACUCGUGAUGGCCGUACGGCCAUUGGGGCGAUCAAACAAACACUCCCAAGUGAAAGUUCUUCCAAGUUUAAGCUGCGCUUAGCACGCGAAUCCAUUCAAUCCAAUCCAAUCCACCUACACGCAGCAAGCAAGCACGUCUACCUAGAUAGCCUCUUAGUCCUUUAUUUUUCAUUCUUUUUUCCUUGUUCUUCCCUAUUCACCUAGAAAUCUCGCCACUGCGCUCUCGCGUUGGCUCGACAACAGUGGCGCGGCGGCAAAAAACAAUAGAUUCGAGUGGACCUGGGUGACAAAGAGCGUCGCAUUGGGCACCUAAUCUCUCUCUCAAAUUCCUCUCAAUCUCUUCUUCCCACUUAUACCUUUCUUCCAUUCCGUAGUGCCCUUCGCUUGCUCUCUCGCAAUUAACGCCCCCGGGGACGAAUCUAGAGCGAGCGAGCGAUGGCAAUUGGGACUGGGCUUGCUCGGGCGUUGCGGAAUCCGGGCGGCAAGCUGGGAUUUUGAGCGCGCCCAAUGCGAGACAGGGUCAUGAAUCGCUGACCCAAGUCGCCGGAUUCGCGAAAUGUCGAGCAGCGGGGGAGGAAUCAAGCCCACAGGGAAGAUCCAAGAGCAGAGAAAGAUCGCUCAAGAACAGAGGAGGCUAUGAUUGAUUGAUUGAUUGAUUGGCGAUGAACAGCAGCGCUAAGAGGAACAGCAGCGAGAUGAAGGCGACCGCCGCAUCGGCGAGUUCAUCCGGGCGAUCCAGCAAGAAACUCAACCAUCCCCCACAGGUCGAGAGCGCAUCCUGCUACUGCCGCGCGGAAGCCCCCAACGCAAUCUCCUCCCACAGCGCCAAGAAAUUCGUCCCGGCCACCGCCAGGCACUGCGUCCUCCAGGAAGAAGCGAUCAAGCCGCCUCCAGCCGUCCGAUCAAGAUCCCGAGCCCGAUCUAACGGCUCAAAUCCACAGCUCAUCCCGGGCCUUCCAGACGACCUCGCCAUCGCCUGCCUCAUCCGCGUCCCGCGAUUCCACCACCGCGCGCUGCGAAUCGUUUGCAAGCGCUGGCAUCGCUUGCUCGCCGGCAAUUUCUUCUACACCCAGCGCCGGAUCGCGGGUCUGGCGGAGGAGUGGGUCUUCGUGAUCAAGCGCGACAACGAGAAAGAGGGCGGCCGGAUCUCCUGGCACGCAUUCGAUCCGCGCUUCCAGCAGUGGCAGCCGCUACCGCCCAUCCCCCAGGAGUUCUGCGAGGCGCUGGGAUUCGGCUGCGCUGUGCUGGGCGGAUGCCAUCUCUAUCUCUUCGGCGGCAAGGAUCCCGCCAAGGGAUCGAUGCGCCGGGUGGUGUUCUACAGCGCGCGCACGAAUCGAUGGCACCGCGCGCCCGAGAUGCUCAAGCGGCGCCACUUCUUUGGAUCCGGCGUGAUCGACAAUUGCCUCUUCGUGGCGGGGGGAGAAUGCGAGGGCGUCCAUCGCUCGCUACGCAGCGCCGAGGUGUACGACCCUGCACGGAACCGGUGGUCGUACAUCUCGGACAUGAGCACGGCCAUGGUCCCAUUCAUCGGGGUGGUGUACGGAGGAAACUGGUUCGUCAAGGGGCUGGGUUCACACCGGCAGGUGAUGAGCGAGGUGUACAUUCCGGGGCAGAACGUCUGGUCGCCCAUUCUCGACGGAAUGGUGAGCGGAUGGCGGAAUCCCAGCGUGGCGCUGGGGGGGACGUUGUACGCUCUGGAUUGCCCCGACGGGUGCAAGCUCCGGGUGUACGACCCAGUGAGCGACACGUGGAAGAGAUCCGUGGAUAGCAAAUUCCACCUGGGGAAUUCCCGGGCGCUGGAGGCGGCGGCGCUGCUACCGUUGGAUGGGAAGCUUUGCAUCGUGAGGAACAAUAUGAGUAUUACCGUGGUGGACGUGGGCGAUGGAAGCUACGUGGGCGAUGGUAACGAUGGUAGCGGCGGUGGCAGUAGUAACGCUAGAAUUUCACAGGUAUGGGAGACCAUCGCUGGGAAGGGCCACUUUAAAACAUUCGUGACGAAUUUGCUCUCCAACAUUGCGGGAAGAAGCCGACUAAAGAGCCACAUUGUCCACUGCCAAGCUCUAUCGGCAUAGAAGUAGCAAAAAAUUCUUAUCAAAGUCUUGUUUUUGGGAGAAGAUCCAUCCAAUCCACAGGAAAAAAGAAAAGAAAGAGUGUUCUUAUUCA